GUUGACAUACGUUGACUUUCCAUCUAAGUUCACAUGGAACAAAAAGAAAAGGGAGUGGUCACCACGGAAAAAGGGGUUUGCGGUUGGGCAUGUGUUCUUUGUGCGUCCCGGAGUAGGUGAGAAGUACUACUUAAGAGUUCUGUUGAAUGUAGUAAAAGGGCCACGAAGUUAUGAAGAUUUGCGAACCGUGGAUGGAAAGAUAUAUGACACAUUUAGGGAUGCCUGUUAUGCUCGCGGGUUACAGGGAGAUGAUAAGGAGUACAUAGAUGGCAUUAAAGAGUCAAGUCAUUCAGCAGUGGCACGAUGGCUGCGUCAUCUAUUUGUUACUCUUUUACUGCAGGGAUCAAUGACUAAGCCUGAAUCGGUGUGGGAAAAGUGUUGGGAGUAUUUGUCAGAAGACAUAUUAUACAAUGUGAGGAAAAACCUUCAUGAUCAAGAGUUGGAGCUAGACAACGGAGAAAUUCAGAAGUACUGUUUAGUGGAGAUUGAGAAGCUUCUCCAACAAAGAGGAAAAUCACUGUGUGACUACGUCGGAAUGCCAGUGCCCCCCGAUUCUUACAUCCCCUCCAUGGAGGACAUUCUCAUUCAUGAAGAAUUGAAGUACGAUAAGUGUGUGAUGGCUGAAGAACAUAAAAAGCUGUUGAAGGAUAUGACAGAUGAACAAAGAGUUGUUUACGAAAUAAUCAUGGAAUCUAUCGACCGCAAAUGUGGCGGUGUUUUUUUCUUAUAUGGACAUGGCGGCACGGGAAAGACAUAUUUGUGGAGGACUUUGUCUACGGCAAUUAGAUCACGAGGAGAAAUAGUAUUGAACGUGGCAUCCAGCGGUAUUGCAUCACUCCUUCUUCCCGGAGGAAGGACCGCACACUCGAGGUUUGCGAUUCCACUUAAUGUGACGGAGGACUCAACGUGCAACAUAAAACACGGUAGUCCCUUGGCUAAGCUUCUUGAACAAACAACGCUAAUUAUUUGGGAUGAGUCUCCAAUGACGCAUAAGCACUGUUUUGAAGCUCUAGAACGCACUAUGAGAGAUGUCCUUCGCUUCUCGCCGGAAUGUGAUGUUGUUGUCCCUUUCGGUGGAAAAACUAUUGUAUUUGGUGGGGACUUCCGACAGAUAUUGCCGGUCAUUCCAAAAGGCACGAGGCAAGAUAUUGUCCAAGCGUCUUUAAAUUCAUCGUAUUUGUGGUCAUAUUGUAGGGUGUUGAAAUUGACAAGGAACAUGAGGCUUGCACACAUGAGCGGAUCAUCCAGCGCAACUGACAUAGAGCGCUUUGCAGAUUGGAUUUUGAAGAUAGGCGAUGGUAUUUUGGGAGACAAUGAGGAUGGGGAAUCAAAAGUCCACAUACCUGCUGAAUUUCUUGCUCCGUUGACAGAUGAUCCCAUUGAGUCUAUUGUUAACAGUACGUAUCCAGAUUUCUUGACUCAUAGGGAAGACAUUUCAUAUCUGAACUCUAGGGCCAUUCUUGCACCUACGAUUGAUGAGCGAGACAAGAUCAAUGAUUACAUGUUGGGGCUAAUUCCAGGCGAGGAAAGGACAUACUUAAGCUGUGAUUCAGCAUCUUCCUCUGACUCAGAUAGCGAGCUCCUUCAAGACAUUCAUUCUCCAGAAUUUCUUAAUAGCAUCAAAUGUUCUGGUGUGCCAAGUCAUGAACUGAAGCUUAAGGUGGGUGUGUCUGUGAUGCUUAUGAGAAACAUAGAUCACACUGUUGGGUUAUGCAAUGGCACGAGACUCAUGGUAACUAAACUCGGGACUCAUAUUAUUGAGACUCAGAUGAUGUCAGGAUCAAAUGCUGGUGACAAAUAUCUUAUUCCCAGACUUAGUUUAACUCCUACAGACUUGAAGCUCCCCUUCACGUUUCAGCGCAGACAAUUUCCUCUUAUGGUUAGUUAUGCGAUGACGAUUAAUAAGAGUCAAGGACAAUCGUUAGAAAGAGUUGGUGUAUUCUUGCGACGUCCAGUUUUUACUCAUGGACAGUUAUAUGUUGCGGUAUCGAGAGUUACAAGUCCAUCUGGGUUAAAAUUUGUCAUAUGUGACGAUGAUGGUCAACCAAGCAAUACUGCUCUAAAUGUUGUUUAUAAAGAAGUGUAUAAUAAUUUAUAGGUUUUUUC